GGUUCCGGCCCAGUGCUCCCGCCGACCCCAUGGCCCUGGUCACCGUCAGCCGCUCGCCCCCCGCCAGCGGCUGCUCCACGCCGGUGGGGCCCCCGGACCAGGCCUCCAGGCGGAGAAGCCGGCUCCAGCGAAGGCAGAGCUUCGCGGUGCUGCAUGGGGCGGUGCUGGGGCUGCAGGACGGAGGGGACGGUGAGGAGGCCUCGGAGCCCAGCCCUCGGCCCUCGGGGGAGCCCUCGGGGGAAGAGCAGCUCGGCGGGGACCAGACGGACAGCGGGCAUGGGCCCCAGAGCCCCCAGAAGCAGGAGCAGAGUCAGCACCUCCGCCUCAUGGUGGAGCUGCUGAGGCCGCAGGACGACAUCCGCCUGGCAGCCCAGCUGGAGGCAGCCCGGCCGCCCCGGCUCCGCUACCUGCUGCUCGUCUCCACAAGAGACGGCGAGAGCCAGGACGAGAUGGUCCUCCUGGGAGUGGACUUCCCGGACAGCAGCUCCCACAGCUGCACCCUGGGCCUGGUGUUGCCUCUCUGGAGUGACACCCAGGUGUACCUCGACGGAGAUGGGGGCUUCAGUGUGACGUCCGGCGGGCAGAGUCGAAUCUUCAAGCCGAUCUCCAUCCAGACCAUGUGGGCCACGCUCCAGGUGCUGCACCAGGCGUGUGAGGCGGCUCUGGGCAGCGGUCUGGUGCCAGGGGGCAGUGCCCUCACCUGGGCCAGCCACUACCAGGACAGACUGAGCUCUGACCAGAGCUGUCUCAACGAGUGGAUGGCCAUGGCUGACCUGGAGUCUCUGCGGCCCCCCAGCGCCGAGCCUGGCAGGUCCUCGGAACAGGAGCAGAUGGAGCAGGCCAUCCGGGCCGAGCUGUGGAAGGUGUUGGACACCAGUGACCUGGACAGCGUCACUUCCAAAGAGAUCCGCCAGGCCCUGGAGCUGCGCCUGGGGCACCCCCUCCAGCAGUACCGCGACUUCAUCGACAACCAGAUGCUGCUGCUCAUGGCGCAGCGGGACCGGGCCUCCCGCAUCUUCCCCCACCUCUACCUGGGCUCGGAGUGGAACGCAGCGAACCUGGAAGAGCUGCAGAGGAACAGGGUCAGCCACAUCCUGAACAUGGCCCGGGAGAUCGACAACUUCUACCCCGAGCGCUUCACCUACCACAACGUGCGCCUCUGGGACGAGGAGUCCGCCCAGCUGCUGCCGCACUGGAAGGAGACGCACCGCUUCUUGGAGGCCGCCCGAGCGCAGGGCACCCGGGUGCUCGUCCACUGCAAGAUGGGCGUCAGCCGCUCGGCGGCCACGGUGGUGGCGUACGCCAUGAAGCAGUACGGCUGGGGCCUGGAGCAGGCCCUGCGCCACGUGCAGGAGCUCCGGCCCAUCGCCCGCCCCAACCCGGGCUUCCUGCGCCAGCUGCAGACCUACCAGGGCAUCCUGACGGCCAGCCGGCAGAGCCACGUCUGGGAGCAGAAAGCGGGCGGGGCCUCCCCGGAGGAGGCCCUGGCCCCCGGGGUCUGUGCGCCGUCCCCGCUGUUCCCGCCGGAACCGGGGGGCAGUGGGGAGGUGCUGGCCACGGGGUUGGCGGAGAGCCAGCCGUCCCCGAGGGAAGAGCCCGGACCACGGCCGCGCAUCAACCUCCGCGGGGUCAUGCGGUCCAUCAGCCUCCUGGAGCCGCCCUCGGAGCUGGAGCUGGAGCCGGAGCGCGCCCCCGGGGCCGGGGCCGCGGACCUGCCGGAGGUUUUCUCUUCGAGCGAAACCUCAGACGAAGACCCUCCACAGCCCGUUCUUCAGGUCUCUGAGGCCAAGGGAGGCAGGCGGCUCUGCAAGGGGUCUUGGCCUGCCCUGAAGUCCCGCCAGUCUGUGGUUGCUCUCAACAGCGCCGCCCUGGUGGCCAGCCGGAGCCGGGCCUUCCAGGAGCAGGAGCAGGAGCAAAAGCAGGAGCAGGAGCCGGGACCGAGGGAGGCUGGUGCUUCCUCCACACCCAGGCUCAGGAGGGUGGUGAGGCAGGCCAGCGUGGACAGCAGCGGGGAGGAGGGCGAGGCCUGAGCCUCACACGUGCCUGCGCCCCCUUAGACACUAGCAGAGGCCCUGCACACAGCUCCUGGGAUGGGCACACCUCACUCCGGGCAGCGUGUCUCACUCCUUAGCUCCGCCCAGGGGGUCCAGGCCCCUUCACUACAGCCUCAGACUCUUCAGCCUUAAGUCUCAGACCCAUGUCCACUGUCCAGGGCUCAGCGCUUGCUCUGCCAUGGGGGAUAGAGUGAGAGAAUGGGGGUGCUCUGGGGGCGUUCUCACCCGCUGCCUGAAACACGUGCAGCCGUGGGAUAAAACAGUCCCCAGGCUCCCUCCUCUCCCUCCCUCACCCACCCCGUCUGCCUCAUCUCUGCCCCCUUCCUCCCGGGGGGCUCUGAGGAGCAGAGAGCUGGGCGCUCUGGUGGGGCCGGCAGGUUGGCCUCCCUCACACACCUUACAGCCAUCUGCGGUUUUUUGCUGCUGCCCCUUCCAACCCCUCCCCCCAACACCCACCUCCCUGCCAUGGCACAGCCCUGGGACACAGGGCACCAGGCCAAAGAGAGUCCUCUUUUUGUCCUGCAUAGUUUUCCAGUCUUCGUAGUGUCUGACUUUGUACUUAGAAAUAAAAAAGACAUUUUCAUAUUA